AACUCUGAUCACAUUUCAUUUCUCUCUGAAAAAGUCGCCAUAGUCGUCGUUUUCGUUUUAGAGAGAGAAUCAGAGAGUUUCUUUCUUCUCUGAGAGAGAGAAAGAAAGAGAGAGAGUACCAUGAUAACGCGAUCGAAUCUGGCGGAGCAGCUGCGAGAGUAUCAGAUUCGAUCAAAGCAUGACUGGGCCUCUGUCUCGUUCUUCUCCUCCACUUCUUCAAACAUCGCUGCUUCCAAGGUGGAUGUGGUGGUCUUUGUAAUAUGGGAACUUGUUAUUUUGGCUUUCUUGGUUUUCUCAGUUGUCUCUUUGUACUUUAAGCACAUCCAGCUUGCGUUUAUAUUAGUCUGCAUCACUGUGCUAUUGCUUUUGUGCAUGAAAAUUACAAAGCAAGUAAGACUGGCAAGGAAAAAGAAACGAAGGAUGCUUCUUCCAUUGUCAAUGUAAACUGGUAUUAGGUCUUAAUCUCCUUGGCUUAUUACCUAUAGUGUCACCACCUUCUUACUGGAGUAGGGUCACGGCCAUUCAUGACCAUGCAUGUCCAUUGGUCCAGCUUCUCACUCAUCGUCGCUGUAUGUAACAUCAGACUCUGCUUAUAGCAAUUCGGCUAAAGAGUAUAAUUGAGGUUUUCACAUCAAUACAAGCUUAUCCAAUCGGGUCAUGUAGAUCAUUGUUGGAGGUGGUGUAGCUUUGUAGUGCUAGGUCUUGUCAAACACCUAUAUGUUAAGCAUUUCUUUUUGCUGCUUAUGUUUCUGUAUACGUAGUGCCAUUGAUGCAAGGUUACUAUUGAGCUUUUGACCCCUUGACAGUCUUACGAAAAUUACAUUUGAAAGUUCAAAUGCCAUCAGAUGGGUUCUUGUAUAAUGACAUUUGGGAGAUAGUUUUAGCAGUGUGAUAUUGUGCACAGGUGCUUAAAUGAUAGACGUGAAGUCUUUCACCUUUUCUAGUGUUCGGAUAUGAUUUCUAUGAUGUUUCCCCUGUUAACUUCACUUUGAACGUGGAAACAUAUCCUUAUCUGUCUUAAGACCUGGCAGAUUUGUGAUUUUAUAAUGGAAUAUUUACUGGAUGGUUCCAUAUAGCAA